CUUCUCUACAGCAAGAAUUCCUUCCCACAGUCCCUUGAUCUUUAACCUACACACCCCUCGCUCAUCUUAGCGAUCGCCAACGUCUUCUUUUAGUUUAUACACACAAUGAAGUCUGCUGCGCUAUCUUACGCCGGGUACGAAGAGCCUCAUUUUCUUGAAGCUUGUACUCUUUGCUCCAAGCCGCUGGGUCAUAACAGUGACAUAUUCAUGUACAGAGGGAACACUCCAUUCUGUAGCCAAGAGUGUAGACAAGAACAGAUUGAGAAUGAUGAGGCAAGAGAGAGGAGAUGGAAGAAGGUUUCUUCUUCAUCAUCAUCAUCCAAGAAAUCAACAGAGAAUUCCAAGAAAUCUGCAACUGUGCAAACUGGAACCCUUGUUGCUUCAAAUUAAUCAAUUUACAAAAUAUUAUGUAAAUUACAUAAUUACCCCCUUUCUGAUCAAGAAAAUAUGAGGGGAGGGGAUGAGUAAAUUGGAGAAAGUUGGGGGGUUUUUUGGCUUGGUUUUGUAUAGAAGUGAUGGUGGCCUGAUGGGUGUUGUCAUUUGUCAAGACUCAUAUGAUGAUGAUGAUGGCUGGUGAUGACGAAGAGAAAAGACAAAGAUACCCUUAGAGACAAAUUUUGCCCUUUUCUCUUUUAUUUUUUAAAUUUCUGCGAUGUUUUUGUUUUUUUUAAGCGAUCAUGUCUUGGGGGUUUUUUUUUAUAAAAAUGAGAAUUACCCAACUUAACCAUGUCGUAAAUUUUGAGUUUUUUAAUUCUGCAAUUAUAUUAUGAUAAACAUUUAAACCGUUC